CUCUAGCUUAGGACCAGGACUUAGGUAGGCUUCUAAAUUCGUUUGAAGUUCUCUUGAAAGUUUGAAAGCCCAAGCUGCAGAAGCUGGUCACCCGGUCCUGAAGUCGAUAUUACAAGUUAUUUGGUUAUUCUGGUCAUUCUGUCCACUCAUUGUUGCAGGUUCGUGUUUCACAAAUCACAGCUUGUCCUUUCGAGACACAAACGGGCUCUGACACUGCUGCCAGAAGGGGCCACAGCAUUGGUGCCGACCUCCACAAUGCCGACUGAGCUGGAGGAACUUGUGGAUUUCCUGUCGUCUCCACGACCAGAGUUACGGAAAGGCGCCGUCGACAUCGUCCAAGGCCUUUCCGGAAGUGACCAGGGGCUGCACCAGCUGCUAUCCGUUUCCGAUAAGCUAUUGAAACCGCUCCUAAAACUGCUCGUCGCGUCGCCCAACGUCUCAAAGCCUGCGGCCGCAGCUCUUGUAAACCUGUCCCAGGACCCUAGGUUUGCGGAAAACGCGGUCAAGGAAAAUGGGGUUAGCCGGGCGAUGCAAGGGUUAGUGGAAAAGGAGGGGGGGCACAACGAUCUGCUGGUGAUGCUGCUGGCGAACUUGACACAAACGGAGGAAGGGGCUAGGUCGCUGUUACAGGUUAACGACGAGGCUCUUCAGGGCCUGUUCCUGACAAAGCUGAUCAAGGAAUUCGCCGCGACUUCGGGGUCCGAGGAUGAUGACGUGUACGAACACGUGGGGACGGUUCUGGUGAACGUCAGCCAGGUCAAGGAGGGGCGCACGAUCCUGCUGGAUCCUGCCCGGGCGCUGCUGAAACACGUCCUGCCGCAAAUACAGUCUCAGAACGUGCGACGACGACAAGGGGUUGCAAACGCGCUCCGCAACUGCUGUUUCGACGCGGGGUCCAACAUGUUCUCCCUGCUGCGCCUCUCGGACGUCCUGCUGCCAGCGCUGCUGCUGCCUCUAGCGGGAUCCAAGCCUUUUUCGAAAGAGGACCUGGAAAAGAUGCCACCCUCCCUGGCGGGGCCUCUCGCGAAACCCCGGCGGCCAGAGCUGGACAGUGGCGUGAAGGUCGCGGUCGCGGAGGCCCUGUAUCUGGUGGCGGCAAUCGAGGCCGGCCGGCGCGCGCUGUGGCAGGCCAACGCGCACCGAAUCUUGCAGGUCGGCUACGAGGAUGAGGAGGACGCCGACGUCAUGCUGGCGUACGAAAAAGUGGGCGCGCUGUUUGUGGCGGGGUCUGAAGGAGACGUCCCCGGGACUGGGUCGGGGGGGUGACCAGGGCGGCGACGCGUCCCCUUGGCUUGAGGGAGUGGGUCCCCUUGGCAGGCGUCUUUCAGGGACGGGGCCACUAUCCGGCUAAGACAGUCCCAAUAAACGGAAGUUAGCACGUCGCCAACAUAACGUCAGUCUCGGGGGACGAAGCAAUUACGAUGAUCGAUUAUAUCAGCGUGUGAGCCAGCUAUAGGCGCAGUGCUGUUUUCCUCACUGCUAAGUACUGGCGGCCCUCAUGGCUGGGCAGCUUUCAUGGGCCCGGCAAGUUAUUGAGACUUGUCAACCAUGCAAUGAGGGCAUAAGUUGAACAGCUCCUGCCCGUGUAUAUAUGUUGCAUGACGCUCACUGAUGUUCUGAAAAGGCGGA